AUGAGCCAACACCAACAACAACCAGAACAGCCACAUCCACAUCCACAUCCACAACUUCAUCAUACCGCAUCGAUGGAUGCAUCCAUCAAGAUGUUAAAUGGAAGACUCAAGCUCCCAAGUCCACCUCCUGUUCCUCCUAAUCAUCAUUCGCAUCCUCCCCUGUCACCUACAAAUAGUGAUAAUAGUAUUGGAAGUAGUAGUAGUGAUGAAUCAAUACUAUCGACAUCUACUACACCUGUUCACAAAGAAAGAAAAGGGAGAAUGAGCCUAAUAUUCAACAAAAAGAAAAAGGAUCAACAAGAUGAAGAUUUCAUCAACUAA